CAUAUCUGCUGAUACCUUCCUUUACGGCGAAAACAUUCGACAUUGGCCGACAAUGAAAGCAUGUCGAAGCCGGGGGCAUGAGUCGGAUAAGUGGCUACAGUGAUUAUUUAAUGUCCAGAUAUAUAAGAAAGUUGAUUUUGCGACACGGUGAGCAGCCACGCUCUAAGCGCAGAAGAAAACAUAAAGUAUUGCGAAAAUACGACAGCUUAAAACAAAUUAUGUCUCCCCAGCAAAACUCGAGAGGCUCCGCUUCCAGCAGUGGCACAUACACCAUCUUCCCACCAAAAACUGCCAACUUGGCAGUCAGCGACGGGUCCUUUUCCCCCCAGGCCCUAACCACAACACCAAAUUCUACAACUCCUCUGACAACAAGUGACCCUCGUUCUAAUUCAUCAAGCAAACCUUCUGACUAUUUUACAACUCCUACUAGCUCCCCCCAGGAUAUAAGACACCCGAGUCCGUCACGAGUCAAUACAUCCGAUUCGAUUUCGAGAAUGACCGGCAAUGACUCCCAGACCUCUUCUUCGUCCUUGAGGAGGAUCUUAGAGACGGGGAUCUUGCGACCAUUCAAAAGGUCUAAACCGUUCUCCAAGGAAGAGAAUGUCAUGUGGCGAAAUAUUCUUCGAUCACCUAUCUGUCGGCCCACAAUGACGAGUGAACUACCUUCUAUAGCUUCCCUUCCAAUUUCUCACAAGGACCUUGUAAAGAAGGCUGACGAAGAAACCGCAGGAAGGGGGAGAGUGAGCAAUGAAAGUUUAGUCAUCCCUCAAAACUUUGACGACGAUAGCACCCAGUCUACAUACUCCAGCGAUAGAAAUGAGUAAUACUUGUUAAAAGGCGAUAAUGUUUUGUCGUUAUAGGUGUGGUGUGAAUUGUUUACGCACGGGAUGCUCAGGUAACACUCAGUUACUGUGGUAAAAGUUGGUGCAAAAGUUGCGAAAAAAGAAGACAGAAAGGAUAUAUGACUUGGCUGUUUCAUUUGAGCAACGUAUCGUUGAAAGCGGUUUUUUAGUCAGGGUUGUCAUAUAGAAUGUUUAACCCAUCUCGUCGUCCGCCACCCAUUGUGCAUUCGUGUCAAUUGAGAUCAUAACAGGGGAAAGCGGGAGGCUGGUAAUUGUAAUAGAAAGCAGGGUGAUUCCUGGCGAAUUCGCCGACAAUUAUUUCGCGUGGAAUGGCGACCAUGCAUUUCU